AUGACUGAUUCUAAAAAGAUCUUCUCCCUCGAGGGCAAGGGUCUCAAGCUCGACACCGAGGCCGACCUCGAGCCUCAUAUUGCUCCCCUCCGCGAGCAGGACGAUGUUGAGGAGGUCAGGCUCCUGGGUAACACGCUCGGUGUCGGCGCAUGCAAGCUCCUCGGAGAGGUUCUCGCCACGAAGAAGGGGCUCAAGAUUGCCAACCUGGCCGACAUCUUCACGGGCCGUCUGCUCAACGAGAUCCCCGAGGCUCUUUCGUCGCUCCUGACGUCGAUCGUCAACCUCCCGAACCUGACGACCGUCAACCUCAACGACAACGCCUUCGGCCUCAAUACCCAGGCUCCCCUAGUGGCCUUCCUAGAAUCGCACGUGCCCCUGCAGCACCUGUACCUCAACAACAACGGUCUGGGCCCGCACGCGGGGAUCCUGAUCGCCGACUCGCUGUCGAAGCUCCACGACAAGAAGGAGGCUGCGCGCAAGGAGGGCAAGACGGUCCCGAACCUGGAGACGGUCAUCUGCGGCCGCAACCGCCUGGAGAAUGGCAGCAUGACGGCCUGGGCCAGGAUGUACAGCCUGCACAGCGGCAUCAGGGUCGUCAGGAUGGUUCAGAACGGCAUCCGCCAGGAGGGCAUCGCGCACCUGCUCAGCGAGGGCCUCCGCGGCGCCAAGGGCCUCGAGGUCCUCGAUCUCCAGGACAACACCUUCACCAUCAAGGGCGCCAAGGCGCUCUCCCGCGUCCUCACGGCCUGGCCUUCCCUGCGCGAGCUCGGCGUCGGCGACUCCCUCCUCAAGGCUAAGGGCGGCGUCCUCGUCGCCGCCGCCCUCGCCAAGGGCGGCAACAGGAAGCUCGAGGUCCUCCGCCUCCAGUACAACGAGAUCACGGCCGAUGCCGUCAAGGGUUUCGCCGACGCCGCCAAGGAUGCCCUCCCCGCCCUCAGGAGAAUCGAGCUCAACGGCAACAAGUUCGACGAGGACCUCGACGCCGUCGUCGCCCUCCGCAACCUCCUCGACGAGCGCAAGGAGAAGGCUGGCGCCGCCGCCCAGGGCGCCGCCGACGAGGACUGGGGAGUCGACAGCCUCAGCGACCUCGAGGAGCUCGACAGCGACGAGGAGGACGAUGACGAGGAGGAGGAGGAGGAAGACGACGAAGAAGACGACGCCGCCACCGAGGAGAAGGUUGAGAAGCUCAUCAAGGAGGCCGAGGAGGCUCAGGAGGAACCCACCGUCCAGCUCAAGGACUCCAAGGUCGACGACCUGGUCACGAAGCUGAAGAAGACGGAGAUUUGA